AUGGUGGUGCGAGUGGCCACGGAUGAGCGUCCGUUCGAAACGCCGUCUUCGGACGAGAGCGGCCUGGGACGAAGCGACUCGCCCAGCGACGACAGCGAGCCGGAAGCUGCCUUGGUCGUACCACCCGAUGGAGGAUGGGGUUGGGUGGUCGUUGCAGCAUCCUUCAUGUGCAACGUGAUAGUCGACGGGAUUAUUUUCUGCAGCGGAAUCGUGCUGACGUCGAUACAGAAGGAGUUUGGCGUUAGCGACGGAGCUGUGGCACCCGUCAAUUCACUGUUAGCCGGUUUUUAUCUACUGGCGGGCCCGUUCGUGUCAGCUCUGGCUAAUAAAUAUGGCUUUAGAAGUGUAACAAUUUUGGGGAGCAUCAUUUCCAGUUCUGCAUUUGCCCUCUCCUAUUUUGCGACCAGCGUUGAGUACCUCUAUCUCGUCUUCGGCGUGGUUGGCGGGAUUGGCUUCUGCAUGAUCUACAUGCCAGCAGUGCUGACAGUCGGUUUCUACUUCGAGAGGUGGCGUGCCCUGGCAACCGGGUUGGCACUCUGCGGCUCCGGGGUUGGCACCUUCGUCUUUGCGCCGCUGACCAAUAUCUUCAUCGAAAAUUGCGGGUGGAGAGUAACGAUGCUCAUACACGCCGGGUUCGUGCUGUUCUGUCUGGUGUGCGGCGCGCUGUUCCGCCCAAUCAAACCGGUCCGCGUGACCCUCGCCGACCAGACCGAGGUCGACGACACCGCCCGCCGGCACGAGGAAGCCGUCGAGAAGCUGAACUCGAUGCUCAAGCUGCACAACAAACUGGACUCGGGCAUAUCGAUGCCGGCCGAGAUGCGCUUCACGAACAAAGUUAGCCCGCACACGUGGAUGGGCGUGGCGAACAACACGCGCUACCCGACCGCCGAGGAGGUGUUCAGGGGCAGCAGCUCGCACCUCGGCAGGCGGUCGUCCGCCACCGCAAGUACGGUCAAAGGCCACCUGGCGGCCAAGCCGAUGUUCAUAGCGGGCACGGUCGCCGAGAGGGACGAGCAGGAGGACUCGAACGGGAACAUAGACAACGCGGAGCCGCUGAUCGCGUCGAGCGUGCGCGUCGCGACGAGGCACGGCGAGAGGCAGAGGCGGUCGCACGCCGACCUCGUGGCGCGGCCCCUUUACCGCGACGACAUCUUCUUCGGCGCGAGCCUCGCCCGCCUCCCGCAAUACACGUCGCGCACCUCGCUCGGCUACCACUUGGCGGUGACGCACGUGCCCACGAAGCAGGACGCGUUGGAGGACGCCACCGGGAAGUGCAGCCUAUGCCCGGAGGCGGUGCGACGGACCCUCGCCACCAUGUUGGACGUGAGCCUGUUCAGGUCGCCGACGUUCAUCGUGCUAGCGCUGAGCGGCUUCUUCACGAUGCUCGGCUUCUUCGUGCCGUACGUGUACGUGAAGAAGCGCGCGGAGGCGAACGGGCUGAGCGUUGACACGGGCGUCAUGCUCGUGUCGGUGAUCGGCAUCGCGAACAUCGUGGGCCGUGUCGCCUGCGGCCUGGUCUCCUCUAUGCCCAAAGUGUCGCCGCUGUGGCUGAACAACGUGGCGCUGUCCGCCGGCGGCGUGGCGACCAUGCUGAGCGGCCUCUGCUACGACAGCGCCUUCCAGUUCGCGUACUGCGUCGUCUUCGGGCUCGCCGUCGCAUGUUUCGCUUCGCUCCGAUCAAUUCUAGUCGUGGAAUAUAUUGGCCUGGAGCAAUUGACCAACUGUUUCGGACUGUUUCUCCUAUUCCAAGGAUUUGGUGCACUUCUUAGCGCCCCCAUCGCUGGCGUUCUCAUGGAUUUGACGAAGAGCUACGACUUUUCGUUCUACGUGUCAGGCGGGUUCCUCCUCUUGUCCGCUGUGAUGUGCUAUCCAGUGGAUUAUAUCAGCAGAUGGGAGAAAUCGCGAAGCAAGCUCACGACUUCGCCAAAAGUC